CACAUCAACAAUGACCACAUCCACGGAGAAAAGAAGGAAUUUGUGUGCCGAUGGGAGGAAUGCUCUCGAGAGCAGAAGCCCUUCAAGGCCCAGUACAUGCUGGUGGUCCACAUGCGCAGACAUACUGGGGAAAAACCACACAAGUGCACAUUUGAAGGCUGCACUAAGGCCUACUCACGCCUGGAAAACCUGAAAACUCACUUACGUUCCCAUACUGGCGAGAAACCUUAUGUGUGCGAACAUGAAGGCUGUAACAAGGCUUUUUCCAACGCGUCGGAUCGGGCCAAGCAUCAGAACCGAACACACUCCAAUGAGAAACCGUACGUGUGCAAAAUCCCGGGCUGCACCAAGCGCUACACAGACCCCAGCUCCUUACGGAAGCACGUAAAGACGGUACACGGGCCAGAGGCGCAUGUCACCAAGAAACAGCGUGGCGAUUACCCACGCCCUCCGCCUCAGCCACGGGAACCUGGAGGCAACAGCCAGGGCAGGUCGCCCGGACAGCUACCCCUGGGUGGAUACACGGACCAAAGGGAGUACAACCACGCUACCUCAAAACAAGAUGAAUGUCUGCAGGUGAAAUCUAUCAAGACUGAGAAGCCAAUGACGUCUCAGCCAAGCCCUGGCGGUCAGUCUACAUGCAGCAGUGACCAGUCCCCCAUCAGCGCCUAUCCCAGCAGUGGAGUCCAGCUUGCUGUGAGCGCCGGACGCUCGCCAGGGGAGGGGCUGGAGGAGGACGAGGAGGAGGAGGAAAAUGAAGAGGAGGUGGAGGAGGAGUGCGAGGGCGAGCCAGCCCCCAUUAUGGACUCCACGGUGUCCACGGCCACCGCGGCCAUGCUGACCCUGCAGGCGAGGCGAAGCAUCGGCCGGCCCCUGCGCUGGAUGGAGCACAUGAAGAUGGAGAGGCUAAAGCAGGUGAACGGAGCGCUGCCCAGGCUUGGGUCCCUGUCUCCCACACCACCCCCUAAAAGUUCGGCAAUGCCCAACAUCCUGGGGAAGGGAUCGUGCUUGGGCAGGCAGUGGGGUGUGUCUGCUCCUCAGCCACCUGCUCACGCUGAGUUGGCCAGCACGGAGCUAACAGUGCUCAAUUUGCUCCGAGACCGGCGCGACAGCAGCGGGAGCGCCGCCAGUUCAGCCUACCUGAGCAGCAGCCGACGCUCUUCGGGAAUCUCUCCCUGCUUCUCCAGUCGGCGCUCCAGCCAGGCUUCCCAGGGUGAUGGCAUGAUGCCGUCCCAGCACCACCGCCGCCUCCACAAUCUCAGCUCCACUGACUCUUAUGACCCCAUCUCCACAGACGCCUCCCGCCGCUCCAGUGAGGCUAGCCAGUACGGAGGUGGAGUAGUAGGAGGAGGCGUUGGAGCACUCUCAGGUGGGAGUUGUGGAGGCGGAGGAGGAGUUGGCUUUGGAGGAGGAGGUGGGUCACGAGGGAUGCUCAAUUUAACCCCUGCACAGCAUUACCACCUUAAGGCAAAGUACGCAGCAGCUACUGGUGGCCCACCCCCAACGCCGCUACCCAACAUGGAACGCAUGAGUCUGAAAACCCGCAUGGCCAUGAUGGAGGAGGGUGGCAGCAAUCACAGUCUGCCACCUUUGGUCCGACCACCUCGUUGUGGUGAAGCCGCUGGAGGGUACAACAAUGGGUUUAUGGGGCAUGGAGGUUAUAGAAGGAGGGUUCUUUAUCCUGGCGAGGGAACUCUGAAUGGGAACCGAAGGGCGAGUGACCCGGUGCGGACACAGGCUCCUGAAACUUGUAGUUUGCCUCCAGUUCAGCGAUUCAACAGCCUUAAUAAUCUCAAUCCUCUUCCCCCUCUGGCUCAUAACUCUACAGCUGAAUAUCGAAGUUUUAGCCUUCAGAACUACACGCGCUCAGAGGGCAACCUGCAGAGAGGCCUGCAGCAUUCAACAAACACUGGCAGCAUUGCAGAAAAUGCAGCCUUGGAAGCCCUGGCAAUGGAGGAUGAUGGUGUAGCCGGCUUGUUUCUUGGAGAUGAAGAUAUUUUGCCAGAUGAUUUGGUGCAGUAUCUGCACUCCCAAGAUCAGAUGAGUGGUGGUUCAUACAUUCAAAAUGAAGGGCAAAUAGAUUCUAGCCAAAGGGACAACUCCUACCCCGCCGUGGAAGCAGGGGUAAACUGUACCUUCCCUGAAUCUCACUAUCUCCAGCCGCAGCAGAUACUAGAGAGGAAGAGUCCUAGUAAGCUUCCCAUUCAGUGGAAUGAAGUAAGCUCAGGUAGUGUUGAGAGGUCUCCCCAAAGGUUACAAAGCCACCACAUGCAGUGCGAGAGGUGGCCUGAGGCAACAACUGCAUCAACUGGCAGGUCACGAAACACGCUGAUUCCCCAGCAGGCAUCUGUGGACUUCCAUGGCAGCUGCCAACAGGCUAAUCAGUUGCAAAGUACUAGUUAUGUUAACACUGGGGUGAAGCUGGAGACACUGCCCAACUCCUGCAUGGAGAUGAGAGGUACCAGCAUGUCAAACAUCUCACAGGGUAUCAAUGGGGCUCUUCCUCAAGGUCUUAAACAGCAGAUGUCCACUGGGCCUUCAAAACAGAGCCAUUUCCAACAGAACAGCAGAACCAUGUGGCAGGUUGGAAACAACCUCAUGCUUACCCGGGCCUCCAUGGACAGUGUACCCAACUUGUCCCAGGGAACCGUUCCAGAUCACAAUCGACCAGUACAUGCUCCGUAUCCACCAAUAAACAAUUACAAAAAUGUAGUCAAAACCCAGCAGUACUUCAAUCCACAGUCGAAUGAAAUCGACCAACACCCCAUCCAACCCCAACAGCUACAGAGGAGUGGAGACCAGUGUUCUCUUGUGUGCGAUGUAUCGGGGCUAAAACUAGAGAACCUGGAUCAUGGAAACAUGGUACAAACCUUUUCGGAUUGCCUCACUUACGGACCAGCCGACUGCAAGUCCUCUUCCUUCCCUGUGUUGAAAGAGCAGAGUUUGUUAGAGUCCAUGGCAGCAUCUGAGGGACCAGGCAGCUGCAACACAAACACAAAUGCCCUUCCCUCCCCUGGUACAGACCUAGUCAGCAGCACAGUUGAUGGCCAAGUUCCAGGAAUAUUAGACGAAGGGGUAAAUCUGGACUUUGGUGCCAUCCUGGAGGAUGGCUACGAUCAAGGUAGCCUGGUCUCUGAGGUACUGAGCCCCUCUAUGUUCCAGGGCCUGUCGAGGACCUCGUCACGCCUCACCACACCUCAAGGAUCCACCACCUUCAACAGCGUUGCUCCCGGCCUCAGCAACAUGGCCAUCGGAGACAUGAGUUCCCUCCUCACCACCCUCGCCGAGGAGAGCAAGUUCUUGGCUAUAAUGCAAUAGCUGCUCCUUCUCUCCACUUUCUCCUCCAAAAGGGAUAUAAAAUGGAAACAGAAAGAGGAAAACAAUUGGUGUAUGUGAAGAUUAAGACUCACAAAGUGGCAAUUAAAGGAACUUUAUAAGAAGUUACCAUUCCCAAACCAUUUUACAUUAGGAAAAUAUAAUCCCAAACAGAACAGGGAUGUGCCAUGAAUAUGUACAGAUAAAAUUAUAUUCCUUUUCUGGAAUCAAGGCUAUUUUUGGAAGCCCUUUCUUUUGUAUUUGCUGGUGAGACAAAGCUCAUCUUCCUUGAGUCAGUAUUGUGUCACUGUUUUAGCUAUUUGUAAAAAUGCAUGUAACUCCAGUUAAACCUUGAACACUGUCUAUAGAACUAGAAAGACUAGCGCCUUGUGCCAACCUUCCUAACGUCACAGGUACUCACUGCGGCUGAGACAUGGGCCGUCACUUUAAAAGGCCCUGAGGACAACUUUAUACAUCAUAGUUUUAAUUCGUGCUAAAUUCUCAUUUGUUUGUGUUGCUUUUGUAAAUCUGUAAAAUGUUUCAGUGCUUUGACCAAGUUUUACCAAGUGGUAUUUUUGUCAAAAAAACAAACAAAAAACAAACAAAAAAACGGACUACAACUCCAAGUCUUCAGCCUCUGUAGAUCGUUGUCUACUUGAUAUCUUAAUGGCUUUAUUUUAGUUAGUCUGGUAAGGUACUCACAAGUGUUUGUAGAGGUGUCUUUGUAUUCUGUUUGUGGUUCGAUUUUUUGAUGUUGGAUUUUACAGCUCUGCAGAACUGAUCUGUAAACGGACGCUCUGUUCUAUAAAUCUUGGUGCUUUGCGUGUGGUUACAUGGAUCCAUAUGAGUACUUCUAUGGUUUUGAAAUGUCUUAGCUCAUGAAAAGGUCUUCAGCAUAGAGGUCCUGUAAACAUGAUGUGUUUUUGUUUGAUUGUAAAGUGUAUGUAUUGUUUUCUCCAAAGCUCUUAAAAUGUAGAAUGUGUACUAGGGGUGUGAUGGCUCAUGUAUACGUCCUUGAGCCACCAUGGUACAGACGUCACUUGAAGGUACAUGCAAGUCACAGGUGACCACCACUCCUAGUCAACAAAGCUUUUUAGUGCUUUUUUUCUUAAAUAAUAUGAGAAAAGAGACUUUCUAAAGCACUCCACACCAAACCAAUGCAAGAAUGGCUGGCAAUAAUUACAAGCAUGGCUCUGAAGAUUAGCAGUGUGUAGAGUAAGGGUUUCCAGUGAUACGGCAACAAUGAAGAAUGAACAUUAGCAAGUUGUCAAGUCCAAUGUUCAUAUCAUAGAGAGCUUAUGGUAAGCAGUAUUAUAUGUGUUCUAUAUAUUUGACAUCAGGUGUUAUUCUACCAUCCACCACCAGACACUAAAACAAAUUUCUGCUGCAGGAACCUUUUCCAUUAACCACUGUAAUUUUCUUUAACCCCCUUAUCCUGGUUGAAUGGUCCCAGCAUUCUUCCAGUUUAAACAUGACAAACGUAGUUGGUAUUGUUGUUUAAAAACAUUUAAACCCAGCUACCCACACUAAAUACUGCUGUGCUUCACAGCUUUUAGCUUUAAAUACCGGUAUAUGAAUAAGAUCAGUUGAAAUAUGGCCGACUUCUGAUUUCAGCUUCUGUAGGAGUAAGGCUCUUGUCACAGGCAUUUUUUUUAAGAUUCAAACUUGUAACGUCUUUCAAGAUUGAAAGAAGCAGAUAUACUUGUGUAUGUGAUUAUCGUUUCUUCGAGAUGCUUUUCACAUUCUUUAAUUGUUAGACAUCUGUGUAUUGUUACAAAAUUCCUCUGCGAUAAUAAGUUAAUUAAUUUCAGCUUCGCAUAUAACAAAUGUGAAAAAGUUCAGAAUAAGAUCAUGCUCCCCACUCCUUAAUUUUACCAGUAUGGUUACACCUUCUUAUAAAGUUUAAAUUGACUAAUUAAGGUCUUUAGAGUAAUCUCUCUGCAGAUUCAUUGGUCCCUCCCCUGUACAAACACGGGAGCUGGGAUUGCUCAGGUCUUUUACGAUCUAUUUUAGUUACACACUUCCACCAUCUGGAGAGGCUUUUCUUAGGUUUUAUACUUCAACCACUACAAAACAGCACAAGAAUAAUGCUGUAUUAGGGGAGAUCUAUGGACCUGGAUCACUUAUAAGAAAAGCAGCAGCACUCCUGCAGGAGGAGGAGCCUCACAGCCUCAGUGUGCGUCAUUUCUGCAAGCGGUCUGAUUUAGGAGCCCAUAAUGGAAACACACAGAGCUGACAGGCGGGGGUGAAAUAAAAUAGGUUCCUUGCACCUAAGUUAUGCUUUGCGUAGUUCAGACGCACUUUUAAUUUCCUCUAAGUUCAUCACAAGCGCCACCUAGUGUUCAAACAGUGAAUCACUAUUAAAUGCUUAUUGAUACAGAGUUUUCAAAUUCGGAGAAGUUACCUAUUUUUUCUGCGUUGUCUUUUGUGUAGAAUUAAGUUUUCAAAUUAAAUUAAAAAGACUUUAAAUGGAAGCAUUUUUUUUUUUCAUUAAAGAAAUUUUGGACCGUUUUUAUUUGAUGCUAAGGUAAGUUAUUUUCAAACUAAAAAAUAACUUAAUUAUUUUUGUCCUUGCUUAUCCUCUGCCAGUACAAAAAUCUUACCAGUAAAUACUGAAAGAAUAUUUUGCAUUUGGCUGUGUGCUGCUGUGGCGUACCUGUACCAACCUUAUGUGUGCUGUCACACCCCUAAUCCGUACUGCCAUCAAGUAUUGCAGUGACUUUGUCCAGCAGUGUUAGUUUUGCCUUGCAGUCUUCUGCCGCUGCGCACUGAAUAUUGAGGAGUUUACCUUUCAUUCAACAUUGGAACAAUGAGGUACAAAAGUGUUUUUUUUGUUGUUGUUAUUUUUAUUUGUACUUGGGUACUUUUGUCAUUUUUGUAGCUGUGCAUUGGAGUUCUAUUUUUUUUUUAUUUCAAAGAAAUAGAGAUAAUUUCCUUUGACAGAAGGAAAUGGGCUGAGGUAUGUGCCUUAAACGAGAGAGAUCACUGCCAAUCUUCCAUUGUGAAUACUGAUAAAAAAAGG